UUCAUCGCUAGAACAAGAGUGGAUUGUGUCUCGGUGCAAGGUUGGAGACGGGGAAACUUGUGUCCUUAACCCGGAAACAGUUGGCGAAGUUGGGAGAGAAGACACGGGAACGAGAGCAGGUCCCAGCGUGCAUUAUUAAAAAGGGUCAGUCGCUUGGCAAACUCGGAAAGGGGUCGAUAACCGCUUUAACGGGACAAGGGGAUGGAAAUUUUCCUCGAAAGCGACUGGAAUUUGGGGAAUAAAAGUAACACGGGCUGGGAAAGAAGUUUCUCAAAUAUUCAAACGGACGGUUAUGUGGACUCAACGGAGGAUGAAGAAGAUCAACAAACAAUGAUAGGCUAAGCAGAUGAAAACGUGUUAUUUAUUUAUCUGUGGAUAAAACCUCAUUAAUAUCACGGAGAAAAUUGAUUUUAAUGCUUCGUGGACGCAGUCGGAAGUAGCGCAACGCCAUCUGCGCGAUUUGCAGAGCUGCGCGCGCAUUUCGGAUGGCAUAAUUGGUUGCACAGAACCGCGGUCUCGUUACGUUGGAUUAAAAUGAAGAAAAAUAAGAUCUUAUCGAUUUCAUGAAGAUGUGAUCGCGAAACGAUUCCCGUUCCGAGACUGCGGUGCAAAAUUCAUGAGUGAAGGGGAACCUUUGAAGUUCGCGGGGAUUGGCUUUCAGCUUGGCGAAUUAUAUAUCGUUCCGGUGAAUAGGUUAGCCGGCUCGAGAUCCGCGGAGAUCGACCGACAGGAGCAAAUUUUCCGAAUAAUUUCUCUCGCCCUAGGCAAAGUUCGUCGCGAUGGCGAAGAUGAAGAGGGACGAGGGUCCAGAAUUCUUCAGGGAUUGGAUUGUUUAUCGAGAGUGGGCCUACCGUUUCUCCAUCAGCCAGAACUACCCCAUCGCGGAGAUUUACUUCGGGAAGGCGAUCCAACAGAAUCAGUAUGACGACUUUAGGACCUUCCUCGGCCUCCUCAAGAACCAGAUCAAUUACGCGAGAUACGGGAGGGCGUUGAAAACCACCAAGAUGUGCGCGUCUAUAGAGCCAGCGUAUUCCAAAGUGAAGGAGCUGCAGCUGCAAUCGCUCUUCCUAGCGGGAGAAUUCGGAGCCAGUUUGAUUCACGCCCACCAGGGUUUUCAGAAACGCCAAACUGUCGCUCUAUUGCAUGGAAUAAUUCAAGGGAACCAGACAGUGGAAGACUGCGUCGGUAGAAACACCCACCCCAGAGCUCUUCAGCUUCUCUCACCCUGGAUAGAACACCUUAAGGAACAUCGAAUGAUGAUGAUCGAGAAGCUCAAAGAGGAAGUAGACGAAUUCGAAGGCAUAGACGAGGAACAGACAAGGUUAAAAGUAAACGACCCAAAAGUACGAGCUACGAUGAAAUUGAGGAGACUGUACCGCGUGAUCGCGAAAAUAUAUCUGGACCGUUUGGCCAACGACAAAGAGUUCCUAAAGAAGUUGACCGAAUACCCUGAAAUCCUGGAGUCCCCCCACAAGGAGUCCACGAAACGGCUUCACCAUAUGGCGACGAGGAACUACUGGAGGGCUGUGCGCAGGCAACGUAUCCUUCGGAUGCGACAACCCCUUUACGUGAUGAUGUUCGAACGAAUGGCGAUACCGAAGGGUCACAAAAUGAUGAUGGAGGAGGAGAAGAAACUGCGCAGUAAUCUCAUCAUCAUCGAGGCGGACUUCCUAUUGCGCCGUCUGCACGACGUGAGAACGAGUAGAGACUACAUCACGUUCUUCAAUAUGGUGGACCGCGUGAAGGACAAGUUCGAUUCGUACUCUCUGAAAAUGUUCCCCCUGAGGCAGAAGUGUUUGGACACGGUGUACAACAUGGUCGCGUGGGCGUACAUCGACACUCGAGACCUCAGCCAGCUCCAGAGCAAAGAGCAGAAGAUGACGUAUCUGAAGCAUCACAUGGGAAUACGCGUGGCCGAACUGCCACGCGACUGCGACAUCGCCUGGAUACAUUCUCAUCAUGGGAAGGAUGCGCUCAGAGUAUUUCGCAGGAGACUGGCCAUGGCGUCCCAGCCGCUGGAGCUCGCCUGGCUGUUCCACGAGCUCUGCAAGUACCUGAUCAGCAUCAAUCGCUACGACCUGGCCAGGUUCUACGGGAAGAAGGCCCUGGACAAGGGCGAGGAGGCAGGUAGUGAGCAGUGGGUGCUGAACAGCCACCACCUGUUCAUGCGGAUCGAGAUCGUCCAGAACUAUAGAAACGAAGCGAAAGAGUCGGCGCUGCUGGCGCUCACCAGCGCGAAGAAGUUGGGACUCGACUUCCUGGUCGACUUUUACGUGAAAAUGGCGGAGACGAUGGACGAGAUGGACAUGGAGAAGUUGCUGGACGACGACGCAAUCGCCGCGAGGCAGCAGUUGAUCUUGGACCUGAUGCCAGAGGACAUGAAGCCAAAGGUUGACUUCCUCUGGAGGAGCAUGGACGCCGUUCCCGCAAAGAGGAGAUUGUCCGUGAUGCCUGGCUGUAAACCCGUCGACAAGAAGACCAAGCUACCUUGCAAAAGGAUGACUAUUCUGCCUAGUCCUGCGAAGGACCCCGAGUUGGAAGCUAUGAGGGCUCUGCUGGCGCAGUACGAGCCCUCCAAGGAGAGACCAGGUUUCGUGGACUUCGACGAGUACGACUGACAAUCCCUGGGAGCGUAAAUUAUCCUGUCAGGAUGUAGCACUGAUGCUGACAGAGAGGUCGAUGUAAAGAUUGCGAGUUCCUUUGCAGAGCAACCAAUCCUGCCUUCGGGAGUUCCUCGAAAGAGCUUCGAUCGUUUAAUUAAAUUUCCAGGACUUCGAUUCAGCGCCACCUACUUGGGAGCUCGUUAUGACCUUUCGCAGCUUCUUAGAAAAUCCGACGGUUGGCUGGCCUCCUAGGUGGGUUCUAAUUACUCCUUUACGAAGAACAGCUCCGAAGUAAAACGAUCGCAGAGUCAUACGGCGCGAUACUUCACUUUCACCGCGUGACAGUAAAGAGGAUGAAUCGGACACCCGGAUCCCUUCUCGGAUGAUCAUUCCAGGGUUUACUAGUCUCCGAGGAGGAUCGAAUCGAUGAUACCGUUCGCAAAGCCCUUGAAAAUCGCGCCACCUAAUGGGAUGACUUCGUCGUUGUCUGCCACGCCGUUGGAUCGAAAGUUCUCCCCCGCGGACUGCAUCGCCGAACACGUCUAAGAAGUUCUCUGGGAACAUCGGAUUCGUUCUAUUGGAAAAGUUUGCGCGUUGCCGGAUACCGUCUGUAUCUACGGAUACUUUAUAAUUAACUAGAGAAGGUACCCGGCGUUCUUUUUUUUUCUGGCGAAGAGUGGAACAGACAUCGCGUGAUAAAAAGUUCCUUAUCUCGUCCCUCUGGGCUUUCCCUUAGGCGAAACCUUUGUAAACGUACAGUUGUCUGUAAAUACAGUUACACGUGUCUCGAACAGAUAAAUGCCCGAGGGUUAGUUUCAGUCUUAUGGGGGAAUUGUGAGAUCUUAGAUUCAGUCUCUUCGGGGAGGAAUUAUCGUGUUUGGAGUAGUAUUAGGGGGUUGUAACGAUACGUGCGGCGUGUCUGACAUAUAUCGUCUCAUUCUCCUUGAGGCUAUUGCACGGAGCGUAACGCAUGGGAUUUUUGUUUCUUUUUAAUUAUUUAACCAUGCUUCAAGACUGAAAGUAUUUUGUUUAUUAUUUCUUAAACGAUAUGCAGACAUUAUUUACAAACUGUGCGUCGCCCGAUGGAUUGUAACUUAGUUGUAGAUAAUUAAAAAGAAACAAAACUGGCAGUAUGAAACGAACUAAAUGUCACGCGAAGGUCGACAUAUCGAACCUUGAUGGAUUCAUUUUCUUAUAAGCUAUUAGAUUGUUGUAGUGAAAAUGUGCAGUGCCUGCCGUAUGCAUAGCUGUAACUAUACCAGAGGUACCAGAAAGUUUUCACGAAACACGGUCGAAAAAUGCCAAGGAGCGCGAUCACGUCCCAUCGAUUACGUGUCGAAAAAAGCUGAAGAGCCGAAGAGCAAAAAAAUGUCUAUAAUGGGUCUGAAUCUAAUAUGGGAAAUCAUUUGGGUUGGACACCCUUAAUUUAAGCGUUCCGAAUGAUUUCAACAAAAUUUUAUACGUAUAUGUAUACAUGUGUGUACAUUUAAAAAGUGCGCAACUGGACUCUAUCGCAAAGUAAAAUAAUUCAACGUAAAAUUAUUUAUGCGCAUAUAAUCGCAAAGGUAUGGAGAUCCCUCCCUCGCUCACCUUCUGAUAAGAAAAGCUUCGACCUCUCGAUUCUCGAACGUCAUUCGAGUCGUUCGCGAGGACAGAUCCUGUUUGAUAUCUCGCGACAGAGUUCAGGCAGACGUGUCGCUCCGCGGAUAACAAGCCGCGCGAUGUCAUUGCGUGUUCAAGUUUGAAAAUCGAUGGCUGUCCUCGCGAGCAGAGACCUCAAGGACGGUCUGGUCGACCUGAACGAGACGCGAAAAGCGGUGGAAAGCGCGGAAAAUCGGGCGCGUCUCGAGCAGAAGAGCGACUCGAAGCCCGGUCGCAGAAACGACCGCGAGCUAGCGCAGUCCCUUCAUCGCGAAGCCGAUAGGCUCUACCACAGGCAAGACAUAUUACCAUAUCCCGCUGAAGAGCAACUUCUCGAAGCGAAACUUUUCGUGCCUUCGGGACGUCCUCCGCGACGGAAAUCGCGGACGAGGUUAUCGGUUCUCAAAGCGACUCGAGCGGCAAACGGAAUACCGGAUGCGGUCGUUUCCGUUUCGAAGCUCUAACGAGCGAAUUCGCGCGACGUUAUAUCUUUCCAGUGUUUUAUGCAUUAUUAAUUUUCAGGGAUAACGAUCGGUCGGGUAUCGAAUUUAGGUUUCCUCGCUUAUACGAUCCUUUCGAUAGCGGCACCGUUCCGACAGGUGCGAUAUUCUAGGCCCAAUGAAGGAAAAACAAAAUAUACAUGUUGAAUUGAGUGACCUCCUCCUGUUCGAAGUCGGUUAAAAAUGGUAGGAAUCCCAAUAUUCUGGGCCUAGAAUACCAAGCGAGUUUUUUCCUUGAAAAUUAGCAAACUUUGAGGCGUUAUAUCUUGAAAGCUAAUAAAAUCGGGUAAAUGCAUUCGAGAUUAAUGAAUUCGUCUUGAAAAGCACUAUCGCGUGGUCUAAAGAAAAAUACAUAGUUCCAAUUGAAAAACGAAACUUGACCAUCAUAUCUCGUUAAAUAACAAAGUUAACAAAAAUUCCUUCUCGCUGAAACACGAGGCCCAUUGUACCACGCAAUUUCCAUAUUUGAAAUUUUGCAUUUGGCCGAUAGUUUUGGAGUUAGAGCUCCGUAUCAAUUAGGCUGGGACACCCUGUACACCCUCGCUCAGAAGUACGUGA